AUGCCUUCCACUCAGAAGACUUUGCAUUUCUUGUGCAGUAAGCUGGUCACUGUCAUAUCUGUUGGGGUAUUGGGGUUCUGCAUGUCAACAAAGUGGUCUGAGACGACCAUGGAGUGCACACAAGUUGGAACUGACUUCUCCAAUGGAAGUGCUGUGGUCACUUUGGAGGUUUUUUAUGGGAUUGUGGACAGAGACCAUUGCCCCUCGUUUGGAGGUCUGGACACUUUUCAAGUGAUUCCUAAGUUGGUAGAAACAGGAGUUACCCCUCUCGUCCUGCACUCUGUGGUUUCGAUCCUGUUGGCCUUGUGUCUGCUGUGUUCUGCCUGCAGCUUCCUCAUCUCCCUCUACAACAGCGUCAGCAACCCUUAUGAGACCUACAUGGGGCCUAUUGGCGUCUACGUCUUCAGCUCGCUCAGCGCAUGUUUGUCCAUCUUGGUCCUCAUAAUAUUUGCGCUGAACGUCACCCUGACCAGCAUGGCAGAGGACUUGGUAAAGAACUUCGCCGGGGUGAUUCCAGCAGACCUGAGGAACAAGUCUACAGAGAUGCAGCUGGGAUACUACCUGGUCAUCAUUUACACCGUGCUCUCUCUGUUCGCCAUUGCUUUGAUCUACAUGUACGAACACGCCGCCUACACACAGAGGAGAGAACAGCAGAGGCCUACAGAGGACGCACCCAAAGAGAUAAUGAUGUACUAGUGGCCUGUAAUGGAGUCAGUGACAUUGAUAAGUUGAUCAUCAAGACUUUCUGGAGUAACUUACUGUAAUGGAGAAUUACAGACAGAAAUCAACAGCUAUACAUAAACCCAAUGAGAUUAUUUGUGUGUGUGUGUGUGUAUGCGUCUCUGAAA